AUGGGUGUUAAGACUCAGAGGAUGGCAGACAACACCCCCGGUACACCCACCUACAGGGUUAAGCACUGGUUCCUCUGUUGUUUGGCACUCUGCCAUCUUGCUGCCUUCUCAUCGCUCUACGUCCAGUGGCCUGGUCUGUACGGAGAAGAUGGAGUGAUGCCAGCUCAUCAAGCCACCCCCACCGGGUUCAGUUUGAAGACUCUAGCUGCAACCUUCAAUCUGCCUCUGAAAGAGACGGCCGAGUUAGUGUGUUUAGUUGGAACUGUUUUAGCUGGCCUCUUGACCGCCUUCCCAGCUCUGAGGGUCAGUCCUGCUUAUGCCUUGUUGGGAGCACUCUAUUUCAGCCUCUAUCAGGUGGGGAGGAAGUUCCUUUGGUUUCAGUGGGAUAUUAUCCUGUUAGAGACUACUUGUCUCAGUGUUCUUGUAGCCCCUCUCUUCCCCUCCAAAAAAAGUUUGCCACAUGACAACAUCACGUUGUGGCUGGUGAGAUGGUUGGCGUUCCGGCUGAUGUUUGCGUCGGGUGUGGUCAAGUUAACCAGCGGCUGUCCGACUUGGUGGGGCCUUACUGCCAUGAACUGGCACUAUGAGAGUCAGUGUAUUCCGACACCGUUAGCUUGGUUUUCUCACCAGUCCCCCGACUGUUUUCACAAACUUGAGGUGAUCGGAGCAUACCUCAUUGAGAUAGUCUUCCCCUUCCUCUUCUUCGCACCUAUCGCUGCUAUGAGAGCUAUGGGUGUUUACGCUCAGGUGUCCCUGAUGUUGAUGAUCAUGUUAACGGGAAACUACAACUUCUUCAACAUGAUAACAUGUGGUCUGGUGAUCACCUCCCUUGACGACUCCUACCUCCCCUCCGCUGCUACUCUAGUCACCUACCUCUCUCCUGUCUCUAGUGGGGGCCUGGGAGCUGUUGCUGCUCUUUUCAAACUACCGUUCAAGUUGCUGGUUGCUCUGGUGAAGAUGCCGUAUAGGGUUGUCGUUGGAGCUAGUAAAUGUCCUGUCAGGGCGGUGUCCACAAUAGGUAUCCUGUCUGUUGUGGCUGGAGCGGGCUGGUUAAUGAGGGUGCUGGGUGGAGUGGGGGUAGAUGGUAACUGUGGUAAACUAACGUUUGCUAGACCCGAGUUGGAGUGGUUUCUAUCCCACUCCGUUCCAAUGGCUAUUGUUAUGGGCCUGGUGUCCCUUCUUGGAAAUAUUAUCAGAGCUUACUACUUCACUUUGAGAUCUACUGAUAAGUCAAAGAUGAUAAAGCUGGGCGAAGUGAUACAGACAAGUAUAGUCUCGUGCGCUGUAAUGACCAUGUUUGCGGUGUCCUUGAUGCCCAUUACCGAACUUGACAGAGAUACUCAGAACAAGAUACCACUCUCGGUUCAGGAGCUCCAUCAUAGGACACGCCACUACCACGUUGCAAACAGUUACGGUUUGUUCAGAAGCAUGACGGGGGUCGGUGGCCGUCCAGAGGUGAUCCUAGAAGGCUCAGACAAACACGAUGGGGGUUGGCAAGAGUUCGAGUUUCUCUACAAACCAGGCGACCUAUCUCGCGCUCCCCCCGUAGUGACGCCCCACCAGCCUCGAUUAGACUGGCAGAUGUGGUUUGCAGCCCUCGGAUCUUACAACUACAACCCCUGGAUAAUAAAUCUAGCGUACCGCCUUCUUAACAACAGCACGGAUGUUAACAACCUUAUCAAACACAACCCCUUCCCAGACAACCCACCCAAGUUUAUCAGAGCUCUCAAAUACAGAUACCACUACACCAAGUUCGGUAACGGAACACGUAACUGGUGGACACGUGACAGUCAGGAGGAAUAUUUCCCACCUCUGGCACUGUUCCAACCUACCUUGAAAGAGUUCCUGGAUUACCAUGGAUACAUUAAACCCCUGCGCGAAGACCACGUGGACAAGACGAUUGUUCCUUAUAUGGGCAUGAUCAGGUCAGUGGUUGAUAAGGCUGACCCUGUGGUGUUUAUUUGGACACUGUGUCUGGCCUCGUUUUUGCCUCAUUUUAAGGCGUUGAGGUUUAGGUUUAGCUUGUUUGGUAUCUAAUGACAAUUGCAAUAUCUUUAUGGUUUAUGGAUUUCAAUAAAGAGGGGAUUUUGGGAUUAAAGACAGCUAUUUUUUCAAAAUAGUUAUUUCAGUAGUAAAUUAGUAUUAUUAAUAAUAAUAUUAUAUUUUUGUAUUUGCAAUUUUCGAAUGGAUAAAUUUUCAUAUUAAACCUAACAGUAGUAUAAUGUAAACAACAGAUGCUGGAUGUAUGGUUCAUGUCACCAAGUAAAUAGUGUUUUAAGUUUCGUUUUUCGCUCUCCUGAGUGGGUCGAUAAUGAUAGAUUAAUGGGGACAAGACAUGAUGUAUUUUGUGGAGCCUCUCAUUUCGUCCCCAGUAAACUAAAGAGUGUUUUACGUUGAAAGGUGUUCCAAUGUUUGUGGCUUUUAUUUGAACGGGUUUUUAUUCCAGGUUGUUUGUGUAAUGUAGCUUUUCCGAUAACAAUAUUUAGCAGUC